CCGGAAAUAUGCGUGACGUCACGAGCAAUACAGGAAGUCAGUCUGACUUGUGUUUUGCUUUUUACUUUUAAACGAGUCAGAUUGAUUUGCAGCCUUGAGCGCAGUCGAAUCGACAUGAAACCGCCGCCUCGCACGCGCAAACCGGUUCGCAACCUGAACCCGGACCCCAAGCCUUGCCGAACCAAGCAAGCCUGCGCGUGGUCCAGAAAGGAGCAGCGAAGGCUGCUGGACGCCCUGAAGAAGCAGAGCUCCUCCCGCGACGGAGGCACGCUGGAGAACAUCGACUAUAGUCUGCUCAAGAAAGAUGUCCCUUCUCGCUCCGAUUGCGAGAUCCGGUCUGUGGUGGAACGCCUCCAGAACAAGGUGAUCUCUGGCGCCAUCCUGCAGCUGAAGACCAGAACGCUGGCAGAGAAGAAGGCGAUGGUGCCCAUCCAGAUGUGGACUCGUCUGGCCCAGGCAGUGUCUGGGAGCUUCAACGGACCACUUUGCAAGGCUUUCGCUCAGAUGUGGACCGUGGCAUCCACGGAGCCUCACACUCUCAGGAACAGCCAACUGCCGCAGCUUGAUGCAGCGAUGAGCAACGACAGAACCGUCUGUCCGAGUGCCGCUGUCGGACCCACGCCGGCCAAAGUGCUGGUAAAAAGUCCAGCUGCUGCCAGUGCGGGUCAGACGGCCUCCCCUGCAGUCCCAGUUGAGCAGCCGAGUCUUUCGAGUCCAACCACCUCUGAGGACUUCGCGGUGGACUUUGAGAGGAUUUACAAUUACCUGAGUGGCCUUCACAAGUCAGAGGACGAGUGUGAGCUCACGGCCAUGGAGAGCGCCGUGGUCUUGGACUUGGUGAUGUCUCUCCCAGAAGAAUUGAGUCUCCUCCCCUGCCAAAGUUUGCACAGACAUCUCAUCCAGGCCCACCAGAACUUGUCCGAAGCAAAGGACUCCGAGAAGGCGCGACAAGUUCUGACGGAGCUUCAGAAGCAGCGGGGAGGAAGCGAUCCAGAGCCUCAACAAAACGCCGCCGAAGGGGAAACAUUGGGGAGUGGCGAACCACAUUGGACGGGACUCUGUCCCCCUCUCAACCCAUUCAUGAUUCCAAUGGAACUGCUGAAGAGAAGAUAGGACUUCAUAUUGCUUUUAGGCACACAACAUUUCCAUUGGGUGUAAAUUCACUCUUGUAUUAGUGUUGAUUCUUGGCUCUAAUAAAAGCACUUACUCAAAGGGCCAAUCUUUACCGAUGCUGCACGUCUGGUGAAUGGACAAACAGUUUGUGAUCCUUGCCAAUGCAUUGAAUGAAUGUCAAAGAAAGAUCAUGAUCGUAAUCCGUAAAUUUUAACUUUAGUGUACACACACAAUUUGAUCUCUGGUAAUUUGUCGUUGGGCAUACAAACAGCAUUGUCAUACUUCUUGUAUGGACAGGGGCUCUUAUAAUCCAAAGAAUGUUCCAAUAAUCCGACAAUGACACGUUUUGCUGUCAUAUGGGCAUCUAUUCUUUCUUUCUCUGUAUUAGCAUGAGCGGUCAAAGGAGAGGAAGCUUGUCAUGCUGUAAAUGUCCUCCUUCCACAAGACUUAAAAUCUUCUGUCUUGCCUA